UCGUAUAAUACGAUUCAGUUUCGCUAGAGCUAUCACGGGGUGAGGUUCGUGAAGUGUUUCUGAACAUCUCUCUCUCGAAAAGUGCGUCGCACGUAAGUGCGAAGCGUGAUAUGAAAUAGUGAAUUGGAUUGUGAUUCAAAUGGACAGGCGAUACUAACCUCGCGUCAUGGGAUUGUGAAAGGAAUCGAGAACGUAUAAGAAGGUGGCAGGAAGUGGGAAAAGGGCCAGGGAUACAACGCUCACGCCCGGUUGUCACGACGCCAUGUUUCCCCGAAGUGGCCUACCGAUGUCGAGUAUCCCUUUGAUGAUACUCUGCUUUUUCGUACUUACCGUUGCCGGCCUUGACGAAUCUGCUGUUGAAAAAAUAGAAACCACCGAGUCAAAAAAUGAGAAUCCAGCAGUGUUAGAAAUUACAGCAUCUCAAGACUUAGAAGGUAUAGAGGCUGGUAGUACUCCAUCACUUAUAUGUAAACUCAAUGUACCUGGUCAAAUAUGGUGGACCAGCAAUGGAAAGAAUCUUACCACUAUUAAAGAUUUUGAUUCUGGAGGACGUUUAGAUAUUAAACAGGCUAGUAGAAAUGAUACAGGAGACUAUAAGUGUAUGGCACAAACUGCAGAUGGAGAAUUGUUAAAAAAGGAUGUCCAUAUUAGAGUUAUUGAACCAGGUAGAAUAACAGCUGGGGAAGAUAUUAGGGCAAAAGUGAUGGAAUCAGCUAACUUGACAUGCCUCAUGCAUGGUUAUCCAUUAUCUCAAUUUACUUGGUUAAAAGGGAAUGAUUCAGAAAGUACCGACCACUGGAAGGAUUUCACUACUAUCACGCAAAUAAACGAAACUCUCACUCUACUGACUUUAGAAUUUAAGAGCUUAACUCGGAAAGAUAACGGAACGUAUAUUUGCAAAGCACGCGAUUACAGCGGUGAAAUUAGCGCUUAUAGACACCUCUUUGUGAUUGAUGUACCGAAAGUGAGCAUCGACUUUAUGAAAGCUGUUGGUGCUGGAAGUAUAUUCUUAAACUGGACUGUAAAUGAUGGCAACGAACCGAUUAAAGAAUAUGUUAUCCAACAUAUGAAAAACGGAACUAAUCAAUAUCAAUAUUAUUCUAAACAAAUUGGAGGUGGUAAUUCGAGUUAUGUUUUAAGAGGUUUUGAAAGUGGUACAGCGUAUCAGAUUGGAAUUAGCGCUACAAAUACCGUGGGUACAUCACACGUACAACUUGAUCCACGUUGGAUUACUACGCUUGAAAAAGAUCCUAUAUUUGUGCCAAAAGUUUCCGUUAACGGAGUCACUGAAAAUUCUAUUACAAUAGGAUGGACAGUACCGCCACCGGAUUUAAAAGAACACGUUCAUUAUUAUAAUCUAAUGGUUACACAUGGAGAUCAGAAAAGAGAAGCAGUAUAUCCAGCGCAACCAUUUACUGUCUACGCAUUUGUCGAUCUCGAUCCCGAUACAACGUAUAAGUUUAAAAUUGCCGCGUGUAGUGAAUAUACAAAGGAAUGUGGAAACUGGAGCAUUGAAGUGAAUGGUACUACUUUAGAUGGAGUGGCCAGCCCUCCUCAGAAUUUAUCUGUUAAUUGUCGAUUCGAUAAUAUAAGUAGCUCCAGUUUUAUCUCUAUUACAUGGGAUCAUCCAGAGAAAUCUAACGGCGUUAUUACUCGUUAUAAUAUACAAUUAAUCGGCAUCGCCAGAUUUAAAAAUGGUAUGGGUCGUUUAGAUAUUGAUACUUGGGGACCACAGAAUUGGAGCGUUAAAAAAAAUAGCACGCAUUUUAAUCAAAUACCGGCUAAUACGAAUUACACGGUUCGUGUGAACGGUGUAACUAGAUCUCGUACACCAGGAAAGGAUGCUGUGGGUAACUGUACCACGCCAAUUACCAUACCAGAUAGAGAUAGCUUAAACAUGCGAUCGUGGCGAAAAAUCGAGAAUCAGGGUAAACAAUUGUUUAAGUUAUAUCUUCCACGUAUCACAGAAAGAAAUGGUCCUAUAUGUUGUUAUAGAGUUUAUUUAGUAAAAUUAGCACCACGAAAGAGCGUCACUGAUUUACCACCACCUGAAGAAAUUAAUGUGUAUUCCUAUCAAUAUGCCCAUAAUUCACCUUCCGGUGGUGCUUACGUUGCCGAAACAUUUGAUAGCGAUCGAUUGGUACCGGAGAUUUUUCUUGGCGAUGGCGAAUCAUUCAACAAUAGUAGCAUGUGCAACAAAUGUAUUGGACUUAGGCCAAAAGUCGCUCCACCAGUAUUACAUUUUGUUCCCGAAGUUUCAACAACCAUCUCAGCACUUAAUACAACACCUGCCACUACUACAACGACAGUAACAUGGACUACAACUCCCGCUCCAACAACAUCGUCAGCUACUACCCAAAAGAUCGAAACAACCAUUGCAAAUCUAAUAGACAAUAAUCAUACAGAGACUAUGGAAAGAAGAAAAAGAGAAAAUAUGGCUACCCAGAAAACAAAGGGUAAUGAUGGAUCUUCUGAACUACCAUUAUUUACCGCACAAGAUGGUUUCUUAGAUGAAAACUCAAACUACACGGGUUUUAUCGAAGUUAUUGUAUUUGGAAAUCAAGGUCAGCUUUUACCAGCCUAUAGUAAUUACUUUAAUCCUCUUUAUGGAGGGUUAGAUCCCGUAGCCGUAGUGUCAGCGGAAGUGACCACACUCAGCGUAAUUCUGCAAAUUUCCAUUGCUCUUAUACUGAUCAUCAUCAUUCUUCUCAUUGCACUUUGUGUAUUGCACAGAUAUACAAAGCGUGCUCAACAGAGAGGAGAAGAAAUUAUAACUUUGAGAAAUAGUUUCAGGCAUUUAUGCAGGAGUCUUAGAGGUAGACAUCAAUUGGUAGCAGCAAGCCCUCCAGACAUGCCUCCCAUUCCUAAAGGUGAACUGCUCCAGGCAUAUCUCGAACGACAUCGGGAUUCUGAUUAUGGUUUUCAACACGAAUUCGAAUUGCUACCGGAUAGAUUCACAGAUCGUACAACAAGAGCUUCGGAGGCACGUGAAAAUCUAUACAAAAAUCGUUAUCCAGAUAUAAAAUGUUACGAUCAGACUAGAGUAAGACUCGCACAAAUGGAUGGAAUUUGCGGAUCCGAUUACAUAAAUGCGAACUUUGUGUUAGGGUACAAAGAACGUAAAAAAUUUAUAUGCGCUCAAGGUCCAAUGGAAAAUACCGUUUGCGAUUAUUGGAGAAUGAUUUGGGAACAACAUCUUGAGCUGAUACUUAUGUUAACGAAUCUCGAAGAAUACUCAAAAACGAAAUGCGCAAAAUACUGGCCAGACAAAGGUGAAACUAAAAAUUUUGGCGACAUCACUGUUGAACAUGUUCGAGAAAGAGCUUACUCAGAUUACGUUGUUCGUGAAUUAAAAAUGACACGAUUAGGAGAACGAGAUGCACGCACCAUCGUUCAGUAUCAUUUCUUAGUUUGGAAAGAUUUUAUGGCACCAGAACAUCCUCAUGCGAUACUAAGGUUUAUCAAAAGAGUGAAUGAAGCUUAUUCGUUGGAAAAGGGGCCGAUAUUGGUACAUUGCAGUGCAGGUGUCGGACGAACAGGAACAUUAGUCGCAUUAGAUUCUUUGCUGCAACAACUUGCAGAAGAAGGUCAAGUUUCGAUUUUCAAUACAGUAUGUGAUCUAAGACAUCAAAGAAACUUUUUAGUGCAAUCGUUAAAACAGUAUAUUUUCACUUAUCGUGCGUUAAUGGAAAUGGCACAAUACGGGGAUACGGAAAUUCCAGCAUCUCAGCUUAAAACUACAGUUACAAGAUUAAGACAACGAGAUAACGGUAAAGAAAAAUGUAGAAUGGAGGAAGAGUAUGAUAAAAUCAAUUCUGUAUUAGAAGACAGAAAAUCAUUUUCUGUUGGUGGAGGAGAAGAAAAUAAGAGCAAGAAUAGAAGUGAAUUAAUAAUACCAUAUGACAGAAAUCGAGUAAUUCUUACACCCGUUCCAGGUAGAGAACAUUCAACGUAUAUAAAUGCAUCAUUUAUUGAAGGCUAUGACAAUUCCGAGUCGUUUGUUAUCACCCAAGAUCCGUUGGACACUACGAUAGCAGACUUCUGGCGAAUGAUUUCAGAACAAUGCAUCUCUACGAUAGUAAUGUUAUCCGAUUUAAAUGAAGGUCCACGAAAAUGUCCACGUUAUUGGCCUGAUGACGAUGCAGCAUACGAUCACAUAAGAGUUAGAUAUAUUCAAAGCGAGAGCUGUCCAUAUUACACUCGCCGUGAAUUCUGUGUUUCUAAUACUAAAACUGACGAAAGCGUUGUUGUAACACAAUACCAAUAUCAUGGAUGGCCAACGGUAGAGGGAGAAGUACCUGAAGUAACUCGUGGUCUCAUUGAACUUGUAAACCAAACACUUACAAAUGACACAGAAUCAAGCGGCUCGCUAGUCGUACACUGCAGUUAUGGAUCCGAUAGGAGUUCUAUGUUCGUUGCUCUUAGUAUAUUGGUUCAACAACUAAGGACCGAAAAGCGCGUAGAUAUAUUUACAACGACGAAGAAGUUACGAUCGCAAAGACACGGCAUGAUUAGCACUUUUGCACAAUACGAAUUUCUACAUCGUGCUAUCGUGAAUUAUUCAGAUCUUCAUAAUUUGGCCGACGACGAACUAGCUUCUUAAUAUCAUGGAAUGUAACAAUGGAACAUCUCGGUAAUGUUCGGUGAAUAUGUGCAUAAAGACAAUUCACGUACAAAAAAUGUUUGAAAAUGUACGAAUGCUCAAAGAAACGUAUAUUGGGCCAACCAAAGAAAUUACUAAUAUAUUGGUGAAACGAAUACAUCAUGAAGUUAGACUGAAAUAUGCAUAAGCAUAAGCAACUAUCGAUAUUUGACAAUUUUCAUAUUUUAUGCACAGACUAUCGAAUUAUGUGUAUUAGACAUUUAUUCGUACUACAAGAAGUAAGCAGUAAACAUUUCACAUUGAAAAAUUCGUAGGAUUAAACUAAACAUACGAUUGGUUUGAUACGAUACAGAAAUAAAAUUAACCAAUUAUUGGUUAAUCGUUAAAAAGUGUAAUACAGUGAAAACGCUCGGUGGUAUCACGUUCUUGACAACGUUGUGAAUCAAUCUCAAUAAUUUAUUUUUAUUGAUGGAAUCUAGAAAGAAAAACCUGAAAUAGUGUAAUUUUUGUGAUUGAAAAUGGGAUACGAGGAAAGCAUUGACGCAAAAAAGUAAGUGCGUUUUUAUUAACAAAUACGACUAUUUGGUGGACUUAUGAAAGAACUAAGCAUAUUUAUAAGACGUACGAAUAUUCUGACAAGUGGACCAUAUAACUUACCAAUCUAAUAUUUGAUCGUGCGUUUAUACCGUUAGAAUGUUCAAGCUCAAUGUGAAAUGUAAAAUACAUUGCAACAUUAAAAUUAUGUUUCACGAAAAAUAAAAAACUUGUAUGUAUAUCUUAAACAUAACUUUUAUGUUUUUUUAGCUCGUUAUAUUAUAGAUAUAUGUAUAUUCCUUUUCAUACACGAUCACAUAUAGAUGGCAUAGUUUAUAUGGAUUAAAGCUGAAUUAAGAACUGGGUUGUAUUCUUCCAAACGUUUUUGCUGGCAUGCGUUGUUAAUCUACCGUUCGAUGACAAGGAAAGAUCAAACACUAAUUUGAUCUACCUUACAAUUUACGAUAAUUAAUGAUACUACGCACGCACUGUGUGUUUAUUAGUGCAGGAUUAUUUGUAACAUAGGAGUCAUAUACAAUAUAAAACGUGCAUACGCUAAUUUUUCUUCUAAAUAAAGACUGAUCUUCUUAUUCAGUUCGAAAUUCGCGAAGAACGGCAUGCAAAAUUGCUGUGAAUUGUAACACGAGGAGAAGAAUCAUUUUUUACUUUUUCAUACAUGAAAUAAUUAGGAAUAUAUCUGUGUGUGUGGCAUGUCCGCAAAUGUGCUUUGUAAGUCACCGACGAAGUUUUACGCAUAAUUGGAAGGCUUACGCGGCACAAUAGGAGUUAGGUUUUUACUUGAGAAUGCUAAAGACAUAGGUAGUUUUUACGCAUCUAAAGAAAAUUUAUCAAUUAAAUUACUCGAAUGACUGUGAAACGAACCUAAUCUGAGAGGGUCCUCUUAAUUCAUAAUUAAUUAAAAAAUAAAAUCAUUGGUAAGACAUACUGGAAUAAAAUUGAAUUUUUAUAUUAAUAACAGGAACUACCUAUAGCUGCUAGUGUUCUACCUCACAGUGGAUAAUGCUAAAUAUAAAAACAAGUCGAUGAGAUUACUAUAAAUAAGGAAAGAAAAAAAAAUGGAAUCAUUGAAGUGAAAAAAUUGCGAAAUUAUGCACUAUAUAUGUUAUUUCUUCGCACGCUCGUUUUUUUCUAGUCAAGUUUUUAACUCCGACACGUGCGCUGCUAAGCCAUUCAUUUAUGGCAGGGGACAAUCACAUUUUAAAUUCUUGAUUUACAUCGCAUCGAUCGGCAGGAUUUAUUUUUCUUUCCUUUCCUUCGUGUCAGUUUCAUUCCAUUCGCGUGCAUACAAUGCAUGUCCCUACUCGAUGUAUAUGUGUGUAUAACCUACUCAUUAACUGAGAAGCAAUUAGUUGCUAGUUUGCGCUUCGAUUAUGUUGUAAUUGAUAGAGAUCUAAGAGACCAUUAUGUUCCGCCUGGAAUUCACAAUCGCUACUAUCACUACUGUUGCUUUAUUGCAUUAACAAACGGUGUGACGUAUUUGUUUUUAUACUCAGACAGACUUAUGCAUAAGAGUAUUUACGAAGGUGCAAAGUGUCUACGAAUUUCCACCUAGUCCCAUUUUUUACACAAUGUAACAUCGUUAAUGAUAUUUAUCUUUUUCUCGUGAGUUUUGUGUAAUUAAUUUAUUACAAAUCAUUUGAUUAGGCAUGAUAUUUCUAAGAUAUAAAAUAUUUAAAGAUAUUCUAUACCAUUUUGUAUGUAUUAUUUAUAUACAUGUUUACAUCAAUAUUUUAUAUAUACUUUACAAAUGAUGGGAUUUGUACACUUUUCUAACCUUCAUUAUAACUUUAUAAGAACUUUUAUUUUGUUCGACAACUCAAUACUCCUUAUAUCCUUUAUAUAUCUUUUUAUACAUGCCUUUUUUGGUCAGUGCAAAAAGAAUAUUGUAUGGUGGAAAUUCUUAAACAUUUUGUAUAGUAGCUGUAGUCUAGAAUGAUUUUUAUAUUGAAAUAUAAUGGAAAGAUUUUUUUUAAAGGCAAAUCAACACGCACAGUAUGCAUGUAAAAAUAUAAUCUCAUGGACUUUUGAUAUUUUUUAAUGUAAAAUUUACAAGCUCAGCGUCUCACUUGUAAUGAAUAUAACUCUUUUAAUUUAUAUUACGUUAAUAUCAGUGAGAAAAUAAGUAAUGUUCAUAUAAUGUUCAUUUAUUUAUAGGAUAUUUAUAAGAUCUGCGAUAUAUAUAUAUAUUAUAUUAUAUAUAUUAUACAUAUAUAUUAUAUAUAUAUAUAUAAUGAUUAAUUGCGUUUCUAUUAUUUAAUAAGAAUUUUGCGCAGAAUUAGCAAUUGUUUUCAACUUUUAUUGCAUUAAACUAAAACGCACUUUAUGUGCACGCGAAAAUGCGUAAUUUAGGACAGUAAUAACAGUAAUAACAUUGUUAAUAUUUGAUACAAUAUAUAAUUGCAAAAUUGUAAUGACAAUUUCGUAAUUAGUUACAUGUAUGUUCUUAUUACAUAUUUUCACCUCAUGUGUAAAAAAAACAUCGACAUUUUUACAGCCAGUGUAUGAAUUAGAAGCAUUAAAAGCAUUGUUGUAAAUUAAUGUAUACAAUUUUUUAUUUUUAUCAUAACAAAGAUACUGAUACAGUCCAAUAAGAAAAAGAAGGAUAUGUUUCGGCCGAAUAGUAAGUGUAUUACAAUCUUUUAACUUCUUAUUUUGUAAAAUGCGCAUAAGAAAAAUGCAAUGUAUUAUAAUACAGAUAUACCUUAGAUAUAAGUUAAAGUUAACGGCAGCUGCACAGCUUGCCAUUUCCUCUCAAAAGGUAUAUCUUGAUAAUGACGCGCAUUAUUAAUUACAUCAGGCUGUGUGUUGAUAUGUUAGUUCUUUAUUUAAAUCAAACUAGAUGCGGUCGAUUGGAGUUAAAUUGGUUAUCGACUUUCAUUCAUGGCUCUAUGUAAUUGGCUAGGAACAUGUAGCGUGAUUAAUGAUACACCGUGCCCUAUAGGAACGUGUGCGUGAGGUUUGUUGGUAUGAUUAGGCAGUACGUGUAAGAAAAAGAGGAGACGGCGGUCUUUUUUGUGGAUAAUAUAUAAUUCAUGUAGGAUAUAUAUUAAAUAUUCUCCUGUGUCCAGACAAAGGUGAUUGACCAACUAUGUGUCAACUUACGCGUUAAAGAUGCCAUUCAUGAUAAAUUCACUCUAUUAUCCGAAUGAAAUAACUGUGUUAAGUAAUAGUACUCGAAUCAGCUAGCGUAGAUCUUUGUACAUUGUGCUAUUGCCAUAGCAGUGAAGUAUGAUAUAUUGUGAAUAUGAUUGUGCUGCACUUGACAAAUAUCUUUAAAAUAUUGGAAUUAAAAUAAAAUCUUUGAAGGAAAUACCUUUGAUUCGAUGCAAACCAAUUAAAAAUUUUUCUGUUGCUAUUACAGCACAGAUGUCAAUUGUAGCAGCACAAGCUUAUUACAAUUAAAAGGAAGGGAGAAGACUUUUACAAAGCACAAUAAAAAGAACUAUUUUGCUUGGAGAUCAAAGUGCUUGAAGCAAAAGCUUUUUUACAAUUUUGGUACAUAAACUGAAAUUUGCAAUGAUACCAAGUAAGAUAAUUGUCAAAGGCAUUUUCUAUGCUUAUACUUCAUUUUUUCAUUGUGAUUUAUUCAUUGCUUGUGUUUGACGAUUCACUAAAGUACAUUGAGAAAGCUUCUUAAAUAUGCAAUGUACUGGCAAAGUAUUGCCUUAGUAACAAGGGUAUACUGACAGACUUUGGAUUUUAAAUUGAAACAGGAUAACUUUAAGAUCUGUUUUUUUUCUAUACAUCUUUAUACUUUCUUAAUACGUGCACGAGCAAUGUACUAUCUAUUCGAUAUACAUAAAUCCAAUGGCACCUACUAACGUUCCUGUGAUAUUCUAUGCGACUGAUGAGUUUAAGAUGUGAUGAAUCACAAUCCUUUUUGUACAACUGGCAAUAGAAAUUAGUUUCUAUAGCAUCAAUCUUGUACUUUUAUAACUUGUAAUUUCGACUUACUUUUAUCUAAUUUUUCAAUGAACUUCCGACGACAUUUUACAUUUGAUACGGAUAUACAUAUUUGAAUUUUUUUUUAAAUACUUUUUACCGACUCGCUGUUAAGAUGAAAGUAAUCUAACAAUUAAAAUGUUACGCGUUUUGCGGAUAAUCCAGAUGCCACGAAACAAGGCGAUCGAUCGUAAUUAAAUGGAACUUACUGAUCUUCUUUCUUUUUUUUUUUUAUACAAUCAUUCGAUGUAGCAUCAGUUCAACUUGCGUUCAAAUAUUUGCAUGAUGUAAAAAUAUCGGUAUCUUACAGCUAAUGGUCCGACACGAUGUGUAUGGAAUAAUCUUUCAUUGUAAAUAGCUGGUGAAAUUACAAAAACUGCGUAGUGAUUUUUUCGAAACUAUGUAAUACUCGAAGCAAAAAGACGUUACAUCUGAGUAUUAAGCUUAUAUAUAUAGGGUAUUUAAAAAAUAUACAUAUGUCGAAUUAAUGAUUUUGUCCAAUAUGUAUUCAUUAAUGGAUCAAGACACAUCACCCUAUAUAUGUAUACUUCGUUUUAUAUUUCCGAUUAUUUUCUCUCGUUAUAAAAUCUUAAUGGCGGAGGAAAUAUCGUAGACAGAUAAUACAAAAAAGUAUUAUCAAAAGUAUUCUUUAUAAUUAGGUAUUAUUGUUGCAAUCUUUGCGUCGAGAUUUUAACGAGGUACUGCUUAUUCUGUAAACAUAGCAAUAAAAUAUUUUACACGAUCUAAUUCAUUAGCGACAUGUAUAGACAUAUUGUUAAAUUUGAUUUUCUUCGAUGCGUAGCUUAUAUCGAACUCUGUAAUUUUUAUUUAUUCAAUGACUGUACCGUCAAGUAGAGGAUUCUGAUAAUUAAGGAUAAGUAUACUUGCGACGUUCGUUUAAAAAUAUCGUGCUGCCAUGUACAAAUACAUAUAUAUAAGUUUCCGCUCGAAUUGUGUACGUAAAGAUGUGCUAUGAAUCGUCGUUGUUUCAUUUUUAGUAUACAGUAUAGCGUACGUUUAUGUUCAUCUACUUACACGACUAGCAAUUAAUUCUCAGAGCGAUCUGUAAUGUACAUUCAAUAUGUACGCCUUUCUUUAUGUUAAUCUAAGCUUACUAUAAAAUUACAUUUACAACUUUUUGUAUACCGAUACUCAAUUUAAAUGAUAAGGGUAGAAGCAAGAAAAGAAAAAGAAAAAACCUAUCUCGGCCUAUUUUUAGCGAAAUUACUAGCGAUAUAAUCUCCAUCGUUGUUUAUAAUAAUCGCACAAACAAUUCUCAGAAAUGAAUGCAAAUUAUUAAUUAAUCAAUUCGUGAUCUAAAUUCAAUGUGCGAACGAGCUGAAACCAGAUCCUUUCAAAGAAUAGUCUUUCAUCGUAGAAUCGUAUACCGUGAUUCUGAAAAAAAACGUAAAUCUUUAUCGAGUAUCACUUUCAAUCAACUUGGGCACUAAUCUUUUGUAACGGUAUUCUUUCGUUCUGUAUAUAACGUAUCCUUUUAAGGCAUAUUUUUAACUAACCACGGUUAAGUUCACCGUCAAAUAUCAGAAAUUAUAAUACACGAACGGCUCUUUAAAUUUUCGUGUUCGAUAUUGAACGGUGCUGAACAGCCGGAACUGAUGCGCGUAGUAACCGUAACUGCGCGCGCACGUGAACAAACUACGUGACAAAGUUCAAGUCGAUUUAGCGGCAAUCGACAUUCCGUCUAUAAUUGACGGGUGUAAGACCACGUGCAAAUAAGCUACUCGAUAUUGUUGAGAUUUCGUAGCGGUAACUCUGUGUGCGAUUCUCAGUAACAUUAUAUUUUUAACUCUGUCUUUGCAAUCCAUAUAACUGCGAAUAUGGUUCUUCUAUAGUAGAGGAACGCGCGCUGCGAAUAUUCAUUUGCAUAGAAAAAAAGAGUUAAAUAAAACUGUAACUUUCAACAUUGAAGAAAUUAACAUAUAUAUACCAUUAACGGAUUGCUUCCGAAUUCUUCCGAACAGAGUCAAAACAAUAACUACAGAACGUAAUAUAAUUGAAUAAAUCAUUACUAUAAUUGGCGUUUGUAUGGUUUAUUACAUGCGUGCCGAUUAUGGUCGGCAUUCGUAUCCACAGGUCCUCGCAUGGAUGCUGAUUAAAGCCAACGUUAGAAAUGAAAGAAUUAAUAGAAUAUUAAUUAUUAAUAUGAUGAUUAAUAAUUAAUUAUAGAAAUAAUAACGUACACCUAUGUGCAUUGCAUUAUUAAAAAUAUAUAUACAUAAUUGAAUCUUAACAAUAACUUUGUACACUGCUGCGUAAUCGCAAUGACAUCGCAGUGGCUCGUCUCCACCAGGUCUAAUUCACAAGAAAAGAACAGUUUCUGUGCUUCAUAUAUUUCGUAAAGAAAAAUGUAAACGCUCUAAAAAGAGGGCCUACCACCGUCGUCUCCAAUCCGGUUCGUUGACCCAUAAUAAGUAGAAUCUUUUUUUUGUAAAUGAAACCGUGUAAGAGAAAUAAAAUUGAAAUUCAUCCGCGUAUUGUAUUAGCGCAUUAUGUUCGUAUGUAAUGGAGGAUUAAAAGUUAAAUUACGUAUAGCUUUAGAUUUUGUAUGAUAUUCACUUUAUAAGAGGGAGGUUAUGCUAAAGAUAUAUGUUAUAUAUAUUAUAUCUAUGAAAUACGUGUAACGACAAUUGAUCGUUCGUCGAUAAUUGACGAACCAUAAAAAUGAUGUAGCGGCGCUGAUUAUCGAAUCAUCUUUUUGUGUGAAAAGAAGAAAAAAUUGUAAAGCGAUAUCGGUAACGGUGUACUCGAUGUGAAAGAAAAUACAUGACACAAUAACGAACUAUA